UUAAUUAUAUUACAGCAAACGUUAAAUAACAAACUCAAAAUGUGUAAAUGUCUGGCCGGAAACGUCGCAUGCUGCUGCUUCAGUUGCGCACUUAGCAUGCUCGUAUCUAUAAUCAGUGCGUUCUUUGUUGUGUUUGUUAUUGUCGGCUUACUAGUCUACUUUUUUUACUACCACGAGCAAGAGGACGAUGUCAGCAAAAUUAAAAAUGAUAUUCACGAUAGAUUUAAAAAUACUAUCGAUAAAUUGAAAAGUGGCUUAAAUCAAUAAUACAACAGGGCCGAUAACUUGAAAGAAGCCUUGAUUAAACUAGCCUUUACCGGAUGUGUUUCCAUUCAAAUUAACUACCAUGCUGACCUACAAAUGCUGUUCAAACAAAACAUUGAAAUAGCUGGGCAAGUUUUGCAUUUUAAGCGUUCCGUACAAACAUAACAUAGGGUUUGAUAAAUAUUUAUAUAUGUGCUUAUAUAUUUUAUAAAAUGAUCCUUUGAAUCUCCAAAAAUGUAU